CGCGCGUCCAUGCAAACGGUGAUCUUCGUUUUUAUCGCUUCUAUUCCAAAUUAAGCCGUAUUUCGUAACAAAAUGAGUGAAAAUGUACAAGGAACAUUUGUGUCGGAGAAAAUUUCUAAAAUCAGAUGGAAACAUGAAGAUUUUGAAGAUGCUACUAAUUUUAUAACCGGUAGUUGGGACGACCCGGUCAAUAAAGUAACACAUUGGACAUUUCAAAUGAACGAUGAUGGUGAAUCUUACCCGGCAGUUGUAUCAUCUUAUGCGAUUCUUGGAGACGUAACUGAAAUAAAGUUUAUUUCGAAAGAUUUUUUCGUGAUAUCAACGUCCAUAGGCACUGUUAGAUUAUUACAGAUCCAUGAAAAUCCAUACUCUCAAUUUAAAGAACACAUGUCAUGGGAAUUUAUACACAAAUUUGAUAACACAAAUGAUUAUGCAUCUUGUACUGGGCUCUCCACCUUCGAACAAGAUAUAGUUUCAGUGGGUGAAGAUGGGAGAAUUAAUCUCUUAACAGCUGGGCAGAAGCAGCCAGUUAGAUCUAUUAAUGAUGCGGAUAGUUGUUCUAUAUAUUGUAUUGAUUUCUUAAGACAUAAUGAGAUACUUACAGGAAAUUUAAGGGGACAUAUGAAAGUAUGGGAUUUAAGAAAUGAUCAAGAUCUUCCUGCUACAACGUUCAUGCUUUCUGACCAAUCAAAAACAGAAGCUACUAGUAUUGCUCAUCAUCCAACCCAGAGACAUAUUGUUGUGGCUGGUGGUGGUGAUGGCAGCUUAACAGUCUGGGAUUUGAGGCAUAAUACAUAUCCAAUGUCUCAACUCAAUGCUCAUGCUAAAGCUGUAAGUGAAAUACUUUUUCAUCCUGACAGACCUGAAAAUUUAUUCACAUGCUCGGCAAGCGGUGAAUUAUGGCAUUGGAAUAAUACUCAACAUUCUAAACUAAGUCUAGAGAUGGCUCAGCUACAUCUAAUAGCGCAACUACACCUUCGGCAGCACCAAAAAACCAAGUUCAGCUGAAUCCUUACACUAGCCUUCCUUAUACACCAAGAUAUCAUGAAUUUUAUAAAAAAAGAAUCACUUUACCUGUAUUUGAGUACCGUGCUGAUUUUAUGAGGUUAUUAGCACAACAUCAGUGUAUUGUACUUGUUGGAGAAACAGGUUCUGGUAAAACAACACAAAUACCACAAUGGUGUGUGGAAUAUUCAAGGCGCAUUGGCAACAAAGGUGUUGCUUGUACUCAACCAAGAAGAGUAGCUGCUAUGUCCGUUGCACAAAGAGUCUCGGAAGAAAUGGAUGUUGCAUUAGGUCAAGAAGUGGGAUAUAGUAUUCGUUUUGAAGAUUGUAGUUCUCCAAAAACUAUAUUGAAGUACAUGACUGAUGGUAUGCUGUUACGUGAAGGCAUGUCAGAUCCCAUGCUUGAUGCUUAUCAAGUGAUAUUAUUAGAUGAAGCUCACGAAAGAACUUUAGCCACAGACUUGCUUAUGGGUGUGUUAAAAGAAGUGAUUAAACAGAGACCAGAUUUAAAACUUGUGAUUAUGAGUGCAACUUUAGAUGCUGGAAAAUUUCAACAGUAUUUUGAUAAUGCACCCUUAAUGAAUGUACCUGGCAGAACUCAUCCUGUUGAAAUUUUUUAUACACCUGAACCUGAAAGGGAUUACUUAGAGGCUGCUAUCAGGACAGUUAUUCAAAUUCAUAUGUGUGAAGAAGUAGCAGGAGAUUUGCUUCUUUUUCUAACUGGUCAAGAGGAAAUUGAGGAAGCUUGUAAAAGAAUCAAAAGAGAAAUGGAUAAUUUAGGUCCAGAAGUAGGUGAACUUAAGUGCAUACCACUCUAUUCCACACUGCCUCCAAAUCUUCAGCAACGAAUUUUUGAGCCAGCACCACCUACAAAACCCAAUGGUGCUAUUGGUAGAAAAGUCGUAGUUUCAACAAAUAUUGCAGAAACAUCGUUAACUAUCGACGGUGUUGUCUUUGUGAUAGACCCAGGAUUUGCGAAGCAAAAGGUAUAUAAUCCUAGAAUUCGUGUAGAAUCUCUUCUUGUAUCACCUAUUAGUAAAGCUUCUGCCCAGCAAAGAGCUGGUAGAGCUGGUCGUACAAGACCCGGAAAAUGUUUUAGGUUGUACACAGAAAAAGCAUAUAAAAAUGAGAUGCAAGAUAAUACUUAUCCUGAGAUCUUAAGAUCUAAUCUUGGUAGUGUUGUAUUGCAACUGAAAAAACUUGGCAUUGACGAUUUGGUGCAUUUCGAUUUUAUGGAUCCACCUGCACCAGAAACUCUUAUGAGGGCUUUAGAACUUCUUAAUUAUUUGGCUGCUUUAGAUGAUGAUGGAAACCUUACGGAUUUGGGUGCUGUGAUGGCGGAAUUUCCAUUAGAUCCUCAGUUAGCAAAAAUGCUUAUUGCAUCUUGCAAUCAUAAUUGCAGUAAUGAAAUAUUGAGCAUUACUGCUAUGUUGUCAGUCCCACAGUGUUUUGUGAGGCCAAAUGAAUCAAAAAAAGCUGCGGAUGAUGCUAAAAUGCGAUUUGCACAUAUCGACGGAGAUCAUCUAACGUUAUUAAAUGUUUAUCAUGCUUUUAAACAAAAUUUUGAAGACCCACAAUGGUGUUAUGAUAACUUUGUCAAUUACCGAUCUUUAAAAAGUGGAGAUAAUGUUAGACAACAACUAAGUAGAAUAAUGGAUAGAUUUUGUUUGAAACGUACUUCUACAGACUUCACAUCAAAAGAUUAUUAUAUCAAUAUUAGAAAAGCUCUUGUAAAUGGUUUCUUCAUGCAGGUCGCUCAUUUAGAAAGGACUGGUCAUUAUUUAACUAUCAAAGAUAAUCAAAUUGUACAACUCCAUCCAAGCAGUUGUUUGGAUCAUAAACCCGAAUGGGUAAUUUAUAACGAGUUCGUGCUUACGACCAAAAAUUAUAUCAGAACAGUUACAGAUAUUAAACCUGAUUGGUUGCUUAAAAUAGCGCCACAAUAUUACGAUUUACAAAACUUCCCACAAUGUGAAGCAAAGAGACAAUUGGAAGUGAUUCAAGCGAAGUUAGAUUCAAAACAAUAUCAGGAAGGAUUCUAA